GGACGCGCCCCGCCGUGGCGGCUCUGCCUGGGCCUGGUGCUUCGCCUCUGCACGCCCGUCCCGCGGUACGGGGGCGCUCCUUUCCCGGGAGGACCGUUAUUUGCAGGCCGGCGGCUGAGGCGGGAGCCCCGGCCCGCCCUCCCGUCCGGCGGGCCCGGCCCGCCCCCGCCGCUAAAGCGACGUGUCGCGAUGGGCGGCCGGGCGGCAGCGCAGCCACCUGCCCGGGCGGCGGGGCCGCCUCUGCCUGACGGGGCUCGGGGCCCGGCUGCUGCUCCACGCAGAGCUCCGAGCCGUGGCGGCAGCUGCAGCAGCGUCCACCCUCCGUCCUGUCAGCGCUUCCCCACCUUGUCCCUGGGGCUCGCCUCAGCCCGAGGCAGGCCCUGGUUCACCCACAGGCUCCUGCAGAGGGACCCUGGCCCAGCCCAGAGGAACGGCAGUGUCCCUGCUGCCCCCCAGACCCUCCUGCUGCUCCUGGCUUCCCACAGGUCUCUGCUAUGUCACCUCUCAGGCCCUAGGCACCUCCUCCACAACUGGUGGCAGUGCACAUUGAAGCUUAAUACCAGUACAUCUACCAAAACAUGAAGACUAAAACCAAAGGAAAGAAGCAAAGGCAUGCUGUUGACAAAGAAGCAUUUUCUGAGGAGUCAGCAAUGAGAAAAACAGAACAGGUGAAAUGUUUGCAACACAAAGGAAGGAGGAAGGGGGGAGACAAGGAGAGCAGCAAGAUCACUACAGCCAGAGCCAAGCAUCCUUGGAGCAAUAAAGACAGGCAUUUGAGGAGACUGGAAAGCAACGAGCGGGAGAGGCAGAGAAUGCAUAAGCUCAACAAUGCGUUCCAAGCUUUGCGGGAGGUGAUCCCUCAUGUGAGAGCUGAGAAUAAACUUUCCAAAAUAGAGACUCUUACGCUGGCCAAAAAUUACAUUAAAUCCUUGACCUCCAUUAUACUCAAUAUGUCCAAUGGACACUUUCCAGCAGCAGAAGGGAUGGGGGGAGCCUGGGUGUCCAAAUUUUACCAGCAUUACCAACAACAACAUGGGGAUGAUGAUCAUGAGGAACAUCUACAGAAAUAUUCCACAUAGAUUCACAGCUUCACCCAACACACCUACAGUUAGCUACUGCCAUAAUGUUUUUCAUUCUUGCAUAAUACAUGUCAGUACAUAGAGGUUUUAAGAAAUUGUUUGCACCUCCAGCUAUCCCCUACUUUUUCUUAAAAAGACAAACAGGUAACACUCAUGGCUAUAGCUUAUACGGCACAUAAAAAAUUACCUGAAAUUAUAAGAAUCUUUGAGCUUAAUGGUUAUAUUUGUGUGGUGCAUCAGGGUCUGGAAACCUUAUCAUGCAACACUGUGGUUGACUUCAAAGUGAAGAUUUAGUAACUUCUGAAAAUUACCCUCUCUAGAAGGGUUGUGAGUUGAGCCCACGUCAGCUGAUUUCACUAGAGCUUGUGGAGAAGCUUGGCUGUAGCGGUGUUCACCAACCUUUUGGUGACUUAUCUAUGCUGCUGUGGAGGAACUUCAGAUUGAUGACAACAUUUGACUAAUUUGAGUGAAGUGGCACUUAUGGGAAAUUUGCCACCACAUCUCCCAUUUCUCUUGAGUGUUUUGGAUCUGCUCUGAUAAUUUUAAACAUUACAAAGCAUAAAAACUUUCCAAGUACUUGUUAACAUAAACAUCUACACAGCUUUCUCAGAUUGUAAGCUCUCUAGAGUAAGGGUAUUUUUUGCUCUAUUUCCAGAGCAUCCAGCCUCAUGGACUUUUUCUUUAGUGGGUCUCUGUGCCAUUGUGAUACCAAUGUUAAAUAAGGGACAAAUUACUUACUUUUGCCAAAACUAUCAUAAAAACGCUUUAGUAUUGUCAUAAAUUAGAAUUACAAAUUAUUUGCUAAUGAAGCCUGUAAUGUGAUCAGGAUUCUUUCUGCGUUAGUGCUAGAUUCUGGUAUUAUAAAGCAUAAUAAAUGAAGCAGGAGCUCUUUAAAAAAAAGGAAAAA